CUGUGAAAUCAAUUUCGUAUAUUUUUUUAAUUUCUCCCUCUCUAAAAGGCUCACUCCCUUCAAUAGCUCAUCCAUUUUCAUUCCCAAUUCAUCAAAAUUAGGGUUCCAUUUUCAUGUAAUUUGACCUCCAAAACUAUGUCAGCAGAGGAAAUUUCCUUAGUUCCCUCCCAAAACGGCCUAAAUUCUCAGCUAGUCUUCCAAGACGAUCCCUUGCGCUUCAACUGCGGGCCUCCCCAACGCCGCGUGGUAGGGGAUCCGGGCCCCAAGAACACCACCCGAGAACUAUCCGGCUUCAUUGACGACAAGCUGUUCCCUUCCUCCAACUCAGCCGCCGACGCCGCCAACGAUAGUUACUUCCCCUCCCACCAGGGCGGCCCCGAAUUCCCGCGCAACAUGUAUCGGGAGAAUCGUAAUUGGAACGGGAACGGGACCAGCGGCGAUGAAUCAGACGGUGACGAGGACGACGAUGAUGACGACGUCGAUGAUGAUGAUGACGUGGACGGUGGUGAUGGUGACCAUGAUAACGAAGUGGGGGCACUGGUUGGUGUUGAUACUAGUACUAGUAACACUAAUAACAAUAACAAUAGCGGCAAAAGCAAUAACAAUAAUACAACCACUACUAGUACCACUAGCAAUACUGGUAAUGUAGAUAAAAUGGGAAAUGGAAAUGGAAAGCCCAAACACCAUCCUUCUUUUGGAGGGGCUACAGGGGAAUUGAUGGCGAUGAAAGAUGGUGGUGGGAGUAUAGGCCAGACAGGGAAUAAUACAGUGACAAUAGCAGAACCUGAAGGGGACAUGUAUUACUCGCAGUAUUUGCAGGCAACAGAGGGGUCUGGUAGUGCAGGGAAGGAUAUGGGUGUGGAGAAUGGUUGCGGUUUUAGUGGAAGAAAGGAAGGUUCGUCAUUUUCAUGCGAGUCUGGAGAGCCCUUGAGAGCCAUUUUAUCAGACCCAGUGACGGGAGCUCUAAUGGAUGAUGCAAUGAUAUUGCCAUGUGGACAUUCUUUUGGAGCUGGUGGAAUACAACACGUUAUCAGAAUGAAAUCUUGCUACACUUGUUCACAGUCAGUUUCUGAAGACUCAAUAGCUCCUAAUCUCUCACUCCGAGCUGCAGUGCAGGCAUUCCGCCGGGAAGAGGAGUUACAAUUUUAUCGCUUAUCCAAAAGGAGGAGAGAGAGGUUUGACCAGGACAAAGGUGUUUAUGGUGAUUCACCUGGAAUAGAUACACCAAGGGGUCGAGGCGUGCAGUUCCCAUUUGUUGUGACAGACCGGGUUAUUAUAAAGGGAAACAAGAGGACACCUCAGCGAUUUGUUGGGCGUGAGGCUGUUGUGACAACACAAUGCUUAAAUGGAUGGUUUGACACUUUCUUGCUGUCUUCUUUUUAAUUAUAGCAGAUUUUAAGGUAUGUGGUGAAGACAUUGGAUAAUGCAGAGAGUGUAAAAUUGCAGUAUCGUUCAUUGGAGAAAGUUUCAGAUGAUCCAUCCUCUAAGGCAACGUCGAGCAAGAUGCCCCCAAAUUGGCUCUAGUGCUGCUUUUACAAAAUGAGGCAGAAAUAUGUUGCCAAAAUGCGACAUUUCACACUUAAUCUAACUUGUAUUUUACAUCUUUCUAGCUUGUACUCUUUCUAUAUUGUAUUUCUUACAGGCAAAUAUAGGGAUAUGAUGGCCUUGUAAAUUACAGAAGCCCUGUUACAGUUGUAAUCUGAGGAACCCAGGAAUGUGAUUUGAGAAGUCAAGAAUAUGUAGUCAUUUUUGCUUCA